AUGACCUUCUUUCCGGAGGUAGAUGACAGCAAUAAGCACUUAUGUGUCAAGAGUAUAUUGUAUUUGGGACACAUUACGGAUAACGAUCUUGAAUCCGUCAACCGUAAUACUACAAUGCUUAAUGCAACAUUGCUGUAG